AUGGGCCGUCUGCUUCCCCGCCAACGAAACCCCGCCUCGUGGGCCGACGUUCUUCUGGGCCCAGGUUUUCUACCUGUCCAAGAUCCUGGAAUUCGUCGACACGCUCUUGAUCAUCCUCAGCGGGUCCCGAUCUCGACGGCUGUCGUUCCUCCACGUGUACCACCACGCGGUGGUGGUGGUGAUGUGUUACCUGUGGCUGUCGACGGCGCAGACGCUGUUUCCGGUGGCGCUCGUGACCAACGCCUCCGUGCACGUGCUGAUGUACGCUUACUAUUUGCUGAGCGCGCUGGGAAUCCGGCCGUGGUGGAAGAGAUUGGUGACGGACUGUCAGAUUGUACAGUUCGUGUUCAGCUUUGGGAUAUCCGGGUUGAUGCUGUUUUACCAUUUUACGGGUCCGGGUUGCUCCGGGAUGCUGGGCUGGUGCUUCAACGCCGUUUUCAAUGCCUCCCUCUUAGCCCUCUUUCUUGA